ACAAUUGGAUACUGUAGAAAAAGCAAGACCAAGGAACCAAUGCAAGCUAAGGUGAAGUCUAUUGAUCUUCAAACCAUGAAGUUACGCACCAAGUUUCUGUGUCAAGAAGUCUUUGUUUCCAUUGAUACGUCUGCCAACGAUCCUAUCAAUUCCCGUGAUUACGAUAUGCCCAAUCUUUGCUCUGAUCAAGUUAAAUGUAGUGGAAACACACAAGACAUGAUCAAAUUUCUGGCAACAACAAGUCAAAAGGUACGCUUAGUGGCGAUCGAUUUUGCGGGUAUGUCAACAAACGUCGAUGAUUUAAGAUGUUUCAUAAAGUCCAGCAAGGCGAUUAAGGAACUGGUAGUGGAUGAAGGUCACAAGAUAACUGUGUUUACGCGACAUGAAUUAUUGCAUAAUGAUGACAUUAUCAAUAAGUUUAACUGUCGACGAGGUUUAGUAAAGAGGUCAAGGAAUGCUUGAACAUUUAUUCCCCUUUCUCAUUGAAGUAUUCCCUACUUUAUUUUCUGUUCUUUUCGUUUCUUUUCGUUUCUUUUCGUUUCUUUUCUUUU